AUGAAGGUCACAUCGAUAUAUGUUUAUCCUAUCAAAGCCCUUCGUCCAAUUCGCCUCGACGAUGCCCGUCUCACCCCCCAGGGCGUCCAGUAUGACCGACGCUUCAUGAUUUGUCGCGCCGACGACACAGACCCUUCCAAGCUCACCAAGGUCCAAAUUGACAAGGUUUACCAGUGCGGCUUGUUCAAGCAGGAGAUUGUAGGCGACAGCGUUCACGUCUCGUAUCUGACUCCCGAGGACCCUGUCGUUGCUGCGCAUCCGAUGCAAAAUGAGGUCCUGGAGGUCCCGCUGAGCCCCGACACAUCUGAUCUAGAGACGGUAGAUGUCGACUUACACCUGAGCAUGGUCACUGCGUAUCGAAUGGGCGCCCGCUACGACGACUGGUUCACGGCCUGCUUCGGAUUCAAAGCCGUAUUGAUCUAUAUCGGGGACGGAAGGCGGCCAGUCCUCGGAACCUAUGCUCCCCAAACAGACGGCCCACCUCAGCAAAGAGGUUGGCUAUCCUCCAUAUCCGGCUACGUAGCUGGGACAUCGAGGCCCGCCAAGGACAAGCCGUGGCUUGCCUUCUCAGACCUGGCCCCCUUUCUCGUCGCCUCUGAAAAGUCCCUUGCCAACGUCAAGGCCAGAAUGCCCUCAAGCGACGUCGCAAUCACAGCCUUCCGACCCAAUAUUGUCGUCGACGGAGAAGCAGACUUUGACGAAGAUUUCUGGGCCGAACUCUCCGCCAACGACCAGCCGUUCCUCACCCUGACCAAGAUGUGUAACCGCUGCCCGUCCCUCAACGUGGACUACGACACCGGCAAAAUAGCCGAGGGCGAGAGAGGCACGGUCCUCAAGAAGCUCAUGUCCGACCGACGGGUAGACACAGGUGCCAAAUACAACCCCGUCUUCGGAAAAUACGGCUUCCUGAACGAAGGACAAGAGAACAUGGUCCUUGCCGUAGGCGACGAAAUCACCGUCACCAAACGCGCCGACGAACGACCUAUUUUUGACUGGCCCCUGCGAGCACGGGGUGCCCAGCCGCAGUUCUAUCAAACGUCCUAA